CGCCCGCCGCUCCUCGGCACGUCUUGACGCCCGCGGUUGCGCGGCUGCUCGGCGGCGGUGGCUGGCGAGGCCAGUCCAGUCCCGGCAGCGGCGAGGACCGGAGGCUGUGGCGCUCGGAUGUCGCCCUCCGCCCCUUUCCCCCUGCGGAUCGCCGGAGCCGGGCGCGCUCCUCUCCCCUCCCCGGAGACUCAGCGGCUGGAGGCGGCGGAGAGCUAAGCCGGCGGCGGAGGGAUGCUGUGGAGCGGGCCCCCCAGGCAAAGCGUCGCCCCCCAGGAGAUGUUUCUGGUGCUCGCCUUUUGCUUGGCUUCGCGGCGGACCCUGGCGGCGCCCAACCCGACUGCCGAGGAGAUCUCGCUGGGAGUUGAUUGGCUGACGAAAUUCGGCUAUCUGCCCCCGCCGGAUCCCAUCACAGGACAGCUGCAGACUCAAGAGGAGCUGACCAAGGCCAUCACGGCCAUGCAGCAGUUUGGCGGCCUCGAAGCCACCGGUGUUCUAGACAAAGCUACUCUGAAACUGAUGAAGACACCGCGGUGCUCUUUACCUGAUCUUGCGGAAGCAGAGUCAAGAAGGAAGCGGCAUGCUCAGGCAGUGACAAAGUGGAACAAAAGGAAUUUAUCAUGGAGAGUCCGAACGUUCCCCAGGGAAUCUCAUCUGGGCCACGACACCGUCCGUGCCCUCAUGUACUACGCCCUGAAGGUGUGGAGUGACAUAACACCGCUGAAUUUCCACGAGGUGGCGGGCAACAACGCGGACAUCCAGAUCGACUUUUCCAAAACGGACCAUGAUGACGGCUACCCCUUUGAUGGCCCCGGAGGCACCGUCGCGCACGCCUUCUUCCCUGGGGAGCAUCACACUGCUGGGGACACUCACUUUGAUGACGACGAAUACUGGACGUUCCGAUCGUCAGAUGCCCACGGGAUGGACCUCUUUGCCGUGGCAGUCCAUGAGUUUGGGCAUGCCAUUGGCCUGACCCACAUAUCAGCCAUAGAGUCCAUCAUGAGGCCGUACUACCAGGGACCAGUGGGGGACCCCCUGAAGUAUGACCUUCCUUACGAAGACAAGGUCCGCAUCUGGCAGCUGUACGGGGUCCGGGAGUCUGUGUCCCCAACAGCCAAACCCGAAAUCUCCAAAACAGAUGACCACCCCGUCUUGCCGGACUUGCCCGAAAAUCGGUCCACUGUCCCGCUCCGGAGAGACGUGCCCAACAGAUGCAACACCCACUUUGACGCUGUGGCGCAGAUCCGCGGAGAGGCCUUCUUCUUCAAAGGCAAAUACUUCUGGAGGCUGACUCGCAACAAGCACCUGGUCUCCCUGCAGCCGGCCCAGAUCCACCGCUUCUGGCGGGGGCUGCCUCUCAACCUGGACAGUGUGGACGCGGUGUACGAACGGACCCAUGACCACAAGAUCGUCUUCUUCAAAGGAAACAGGUACUGGGUGUUCAAGGACAAUAACGUGGAAGAAGGCUAUCCUCGGCCCAUCUCGGACUUCGGCUUGCCCCCGGGAGGCAUCGAUGCCGCCUUCUCCUGGGCCCAGAACGACAAGACCUACUUCUUUAAGGACCACCUCUACUGGUGCUACGACGACCACCAGCACAGGAUGGACCCGGGCUAUCCCUCGGAGGCCAUGCUGUGGAAGGGGGUUCCCAGCAGGCUGGACGAUGCCACCCGGUGGUCAGACGGAGCGACCUACUUCUUCAAGGGCAAGGAGUACUGGAAGGUGAUGGACAGCAAUCUGGAGGCAGAGCCGGGCUACCCCCAGUCCAUCGCCAGGGACUGGCUGGUGUGCGGCGACAUGCAGGCGGAUGCCCCCGAGCCGGCCGAGAGCUCCCGGACCGGCGGGCGCUCCAGGCAGGGGCACCACGACGAGAGCCGAUCGGAGAGCGAGGUCUGCUCCUGCACCUCCUCCUCCUCCUCCUCGCUCUCUGUCCCCGUUGCGACGGUUAAAAGAAUAAAGACUCAUCUCUACAACCCCAGACGGUUAAAAGAAUAA